GAGGAAGAUCUUCAAGAGAUCACUGCAAAGAUUUCAUCGAAGCGCACAGAAUACGAGGAAGCAAAGAGCCAGCUGGCCCAACUCAAGGCCGACUACGAACAGGCAGAGCAGGAGUACAAGCAGCAUAAAGACUCCAUCAACACCAUCGCUGAGGAGGCUGAUUCAGUCAAGGAUGAACUGGGUAAAAGUGACCAGGAGGUGACGAGGUGCAGACACCACAAGAAAUACUACGAUGAGAAACGCAGCGCUCAUCUCCGCAACAUCCAAACACUUGAAGGACAACUGAACAGCAAAGACGACGACCUAAAGGUGUCUGUGGCUAAAGCCACUCAGAUUUGUCCAGAACGCAUUGAAGCUCGUCGAACAGCCAAGAGUUUGGACAGUGAGAUUAGCCGCCUCAAAGUGAAGAUCUCUACUCAACAGGAAGAACAGGGGGAUCGAGAGGAGGUUGUGAGACAAUACCGUGAGGCGUUGGAAAGCUACAAGAAUAUGUCACAGCAAAUGAAGAACCUUAACUGUUUCAUCAAAAGGCUGGACAGCGUCGUGACCCACAGAAUUCAGGUUUACAGUGAUCUCCGCAAGUUCAUGUCCGCUCGCUGCAAAUAUUACUUUGACAACAUGCURGCUCAGAGAGGCUACAGUGGGAAAAUGAUGUUUGACCACAAGAAUGAGACUCUGACCAUCUCAGUGCAGCCAGGUGAAGGGAACAAAGCUGACCUGAGCGACAUGCGCUCCCUGUCAGGAGGCGAGCGUUCCUUCUCCACAGUUUGUUUUGUUCUCUCUCUCUGGGCCAUCACAGAAGCACCUUUCCGCUGUCUGGACGAGUUUGAUGUUUACAUGGACAUGGUUAACAGGAGGAUCUCAAUGGACAUGAUGCUGAAGGUGGCUGCUGGUCAGCGCUACCGACAGUUUAUCUUCCUCACUCCACAAAACAUGAGUUCUCUUCCCGUGAGCAACAUCCUCCGCAUCCUCCGACUCAAAGAUCCCGACCGCGGGCAAAACAACUCUCAAAGUCAAAAUAUGGAUCAGUAACACAAGGCCGGAACAAAGGAUGAUUUCUCCUUCAGAACUGACAGCAUGAGGAGCUCUCUGCCAUCGAGGCUGUUCGACAGGAGUCCAGCAGCGUCCUGUGAGACUCCGAGCUCCGUAAAGUAUCAGCGGCACGUGGACUGCGCACCGGACGCUGCCGAUGACGGCGGGCCGAAGGAGAGGUGGCCCCGGGACAUGACCUUUGCCUUUCGCCCAGAGCGGUACGAGCCUUUGACGGACGAUGGGGCGAAAGAGAAGAGGAGAAAAAAGCGGAAAGAAAACUACAAGAAAGUGAGGAAGAAUGUUGGGAAGGCACUUCGCACCACCUGGAAGUGUUUGAAGCUCGGCCUUUACAACUUCGCCUUCGCCUACUCCACUCCGGUCACAGUGGCUGCUGCUUUCGCGCCGGAUUUUUACCACGACAGAAACGAGACCUGAGCUUUGCUGCGUGGAGUUCCCUCAGCAAAGAGACUCUGACCAAAGACUUUUUACAUUGUUAGAAUGCUUGUAUAUACAAACAAGAUUAUUGUACUGAAAGCAUGUUAAGUUUUUUAAAGUUUUUGUAACACUCCUGCUGACCUUGGGUCAAAAYCAUGAGGUCUCAGUCAGGGCCUUGUGAAUCAUUUUGACCCAAGGGCAGCAGGAGCCUUAAACUAAAGUAUUUUACUGUAUAAUGUUUUUAGAGGAGGUUAAGAUGUGCUUCAUAAGUUUCUCCUGUAAUGUCUGAAUGCCCUUUUUGAAAAAAGCACAAACAGAAAAGUGAAUAUUUUACUAUUGCCUUAAAUAGUGAACCAUACAAUUGCGUUUUCUUCAUACUGAAAAUGAAUCAGGAACCUAACUGGGUUUUGCAUGUGCGUAGACAGAGGGAGGAUGUAGGCAUGUUGUUAUUCCAGCAGGAUUACAGUGAAGUAUGGUGUCUUGAGUUGAGUAAAAAGAAAUAUUUUUAAUGGAUUAAGAGGCAGGAAAUAUUAAACAAGAAAGCAAUAUUAUAGAGAAAACAAAUACUGGAAAAAGACUUGGAAAAAUGACUCAAAAGAAGCCAAGUCUGAAGUCUGUUAUAACUGUAUGUGAUGACAAAUCUGCCUUUUAUGUUGAUGAUUAAAGAUUAUCUGCUGUGUGGUA